CGUCUUACAACCUUUGAACCUUCCUCUAACGAGCAUAAACACUCCACCUCUUCCACAGGACAUUCUACAUCCCUAUUCACUCCAGACAAGUAUGUUGGCGACACAGUUGAUGUUCAUGCCGCAAUCUUUUGCACCCGCCCGCUCGUCACCACUCUCGGAACGAUCCUCCAAUGCGUGCCCGCGGCGGUAUAAUUCUGCUAUCAUGUCGCAAGCACAAGACGCGAAGCAGCAGGUCCCCUACUCGAAGCGCUCCAUUAAGCAAGCUCCUAUAAAUCGUGGCCGAGAGGAGGUUCGCGAUAAGAGACGCGAUUUAUUCUUGAAAAAAGUGAAAGAGGGCCGGGAGGACCGGAACUGGGAGGCGAAGGGCGAACAGAUCCUGAGGAUGGACUUCAUGAAAGAGCAGAAGAAAUGGGAGACCGAGAAGGCGCGCUCCGCGCCAAAGUUUGAUGAAUUCGCCGAAGACGACGAACCACAGGAUGAGAUCAUGCUUAGCAGCCAGCCAUACCAAACACAUCCAUCAUUUCAAACGUCAAGUUUAAAUUCGGCCCUGGCUUCACAUCACGAAGAAGCUGAGGCUGAGGCCCUUCUCCGGCAAGAACAGGAAGAGCUUGACGCAAUGCUGGCCGCUAUAGAGGACCAAGAAAAUAUAGAGCAAGCAUACCAACUUCCUUCACAUUUUGGUAGUGAUGAUGAAGAUUAUGACAGCUUAUUCAUGGACUAUCUCUCCACCCAAGAGGAUCAACACGGCAUCUUACGAGAGCCCGAGCUAUCGAAACCUGUGGAUGACGAGAUGGACACGUCGUAGCAUCCGACUUCCAUCAUAUUCAAGCGGGCAGGGAAUGGGGGAGUUAGAAAAUGGUCAUGUGGCGUUAAUGGAUUGUACAAAUUUAUAUGAAUUGUUACUGCUGCGGACAGCCCUCGUCCAUACCAGCAAGAGCUUCGGCGGCGGCAUUUGUGUCCCCGACCAAGUCUGGUGGCGGUGCGCCUACAGACUGCAUUUUCUGCAUUCUCUCAACAAUAUAUUCCCUGGCCUUCGGCUC